AUGCAAGCUGAAAGACAAUUAACCACUUCAAAUAGCAAGUCGUAUCCUAGCUCCAUUUUAGUCAUCGGAAGGCCAGGAAUUGGUAAAACUAUGUUGACGAAAAAACUUAUUCAUGAAUGGAAGACAAAUGAAGACGACUUUUGGCGCAAUAAGCUGGUCAUUUUAUUGCAAUGUCGUGCGAUUAAAGAGAAGUACAUUACUUUUAAAAAAAUGUUAAGAAGUUGCGUUGGAUUUUCAUUUGAACAGUUUUCAGAUAUUUACGAAUUCAUAAUGUUAAAUCCUGAAAGAACUGUUCUUAUGGUCGACGGUCUUGAUGAAUUAUCUUUAGAUAAUGAAGAUAUUCAAACUGACGACUCAGGGUCCCCAAAUGAAAAAAGGCACGUCAUUACACACUUAAGUAUGCUAGUUGAAGGUAAACUAUUGCCUGAUGUUACUGUUCUUAUUACAUCACGACCCACAGCUGAACGUAAAUUUAGAGAUAUGGAAUUCGCGAGGACAGUUGAAAUCAUGGGCUUUUUUGAGAAUGAGAUAAAAGAAUUCGUGGAAAAGUUUUGUCAUGAAGAUAGAAAUAUUGCUGACCGUAUUCUAAAUAAGAUUGAAAUUUCUCUUGAACUUCGCAGCUUUUGUUAUAUCCCUAUUAACACUAAAAUUGUUUGUAUGACCUUAAAGGAAUGUUUUGCAGAUGAUGAAAACUACAGUCCAAAGACUAUGACUGAAUUGUACGAUAGAGCAAUUAAAGUUUUACUAUGGCAAAGCCAUCCCUUCUCAGGGUUAGAAAGUUGGAUGUCACAUUUAUUUUUCUCUGAGGGUAAUCAAGCACUUGGUUUUCUUGGAAUGAAGUGCUUUUACGAAUUACAAGACGACGAUGAGAUGAGAUCAAUAGAUGAUAAGGGUGCAAAAUAUUUUAGUGAAGCUUUGAAAACUGAGAAUUGUAAACUUGCUGAAUUGUCUCUUGAAGAAAAUAUAGCAGCUGAAGGUGCAAAGUAUCUUAGUGAAGCUUUAAAAGUGGAAAUUAAUUGUAAACUUACUGAAUUGGAUCUUUUUUGUAACAAGAUACGUGAUGGAGGUGCAAAAUCUCUUAGUGAAGCUUUGAAAAGUGAGAAUUGUAAGCUUGCUGAAUUGGAUCUUUCUCAAAACAAUAUAGGUGAUGAAGGUGCAAAAUCUCUUAGUGAAGCUUUGAAAAGUGAGAAUUGUAAGCUUACUGAAUUGGAUCUUUCUUUUAACAAUAUAGGUGAUGAAGGUGCAAAAUCUCUUAGUGAAGCUUUGAAAAGUGAGAAUUGUAAGCUUACUGAAUUGGAUCUUUCUCAUAACAGUAUAGGUGAUGGAGGUGCAAAAUCUCUUAGUGAAGCUUUGAAAAGUGAGAAUUGUAAACUUACUGAAUUGGGUCUUUCUUAUAACAAGAUAGGUGAUGGAGGUGCAAAAUCUCUUAGUGAAGCUUUGAAAAGUGAUAGUUGUAAACUUAGUAAAUUGUCUCUUUCUGAUAACAAUAUAGGUGAUGAAGGUGUAUAG